AUGGCCGGACAGUCACCGCAGUUCCAAGGCUGGCUCGCUCAUGACAAAAACUCCAUCGGAAACUUACAAUGGGGAAGCUUCGAGCCCAAGCCGUGGGAGGAGACGGACGUCGACAUCCGCAUCACACAUUGCGGUAUUUGCGGGAGUGAUCUACACACGUUGUCAAGCGGAUGGGGCCCAACGAACUACCCCUGCGUAGUAGGGCACGAGAUCGUGGGCGAAGCAAUCCGCGUGGGAUCACAGGUCAAGCACGUGAAAGUAGGCGACCGCGUUGGUGUUGGUGCGCAGUCGGAUUCGUGUCAGGGACGGAAGCAAAAGUGUGAUGAUUGUGCGAACGACAGACCGAACAUCUGCACAAACCGUGGGCGGGCCGACACAUACAACUCCACGUUCCUCACCGGCGGCAAGUCCUACGGCGGCUACGCAACCCACAACCGCUGCCCUGGCGCCUUCGUGAUACCAAUACCAGACGGAGUCGACACCGCCGACGCCGCCCCGAUGCUAUGCGGCGGCAUUACGACCUACGCACCACUCAAGAACAACGGCUGUGGUCCCGGCAAGCGGGUCGGCAUCAAGCGAGAAGCGCAACGACGUCCUCCAACUCGGCGCGGACGCUACAUCGCCACCGAAGACGACGAAGGCUGGCACAAGAAACACGCCAGCUCGCUCGAUAUCAUCAUCUGCACAGUCAGCUCGCCGAAGAUGCCGCUGCGGCAGUAUCUGGGUCUGCUGAGGUCGCACGGUGUGUUCAUUCAAGUUGGCGCGCCGGAAGAGCCGCUGCCGCCGAUCAGCGCGUUUGACUUGAUGAGCAAGGAGAGGAAGAUUGGUGGGAGCAGUAUUGGGCCGCCGAGUCAGAUCAGGGAGAUGCUGCAGCUGGCGGCGGAGAAGGGGAUUAAGCCGUGGGUGGAGAAGAGGAGCAUGAGGGAUGCGAAUCAGGCGGUGGUGGAUAUGGAUGCUGGGAGGGCAAGGUAUCGGUAUACGUUGUGCAAUGAGUAG